GGGGAGACAUCGAGGAAAUUUUUCAAAUUAUCCAAGGGUAAAACUGCAGAUACAGUUCAACUAGGACACGACUUGACUAUUAUUCCAUAAUCAAGAAUUUACAAAAUGCAUCUUUCGUCCCAUACUUGGAUGCGUCCAGAGCCUUUAGAAACAACUCUCAAACGACUUAGUAGUCUCGGAUAUACUAGCAUUGAGCUCGAAGGCGAACCCAACCGAUUUCCCAUCGAUGAAACGAAACAGUUGUUGAAAAAAUACAACUUGAAAUGCUGGGGCGCUGUGACUAUCAUGCAAGGCACUCGCGAUCUUACAGCGGCGGAUUCUAAACAUCGGCAAGAAACCGUGCAGUACAUGAAAGAUGUGGUAGCUUUGUCGGCCGCAUUGGGUGGAGAAAUCGCGACAAUUGUUCCCGCACGAGUUGGAAAAUUGGUCCCGACCUCAUCACCAGAACAGGAAUGGAAAUGGGUUGUUCACGGUCUACGCGAAGUAGCAGCAUUCGCAAAGACAAAAAACAUUCGAGUUGGAAUCGAGCCCCUCAAUCGCUUCGAGACCUAUUUUUUAAACCGAACCGACCAGACCUUGGCCCUUGCAGAUGAGGUCGGCUACGAUUGCGGAAUUGCUUUUGACCCAUUCCAUCUGGCGUUGGAAGAGAAAGACAUGCUUGAAGCCAUGCGAAAGUGCGGCUCUCGCAUAAUCGACUUCCAUGCAGCAGACAACAAUCGACAUGCUGCCGGUGAUGGAUCCUUUAACUGGCCCGAAAUCAUGACCGUUCUCAAGGAAACUGGUUACAAAGGCGCACUGGCGGUUGAGUGCAUUCCACCAAUCGAUCGCUCGCCUGUGGGAAACUAUUCAUUGAACCAGGUGGAGACAGACACGGGGAACAUCGAGGUUUCACCGGAUCGUCUAGAAUUCAUCAUUGACCAUGGAUCGGCCCUGCUUUCUGAAGAGUACUAUACUUACUUGAUGAAGAGAUCGGCGGAGACUCUGGGACCUUUCACCAAGGACUAACUUCAGACCAAAAUAUUGGAUAUGGAAACCUAUUCCGAAGUAAAUAGAUGACAAAUGAAUAAUAGUUAAUGAUGUGUCAGC